AUGAAUCAUUUGACAAAAUGGUUUAUGAAAGAUCAAGAAGAGACCGUUACGAGAAACCAACGAAGAUCCAUGAUGAUGUCUGCUGCUGCCUUGCAAAUCCAAGAUCUGGAAGAAGAGGAUUCACAAUGGGGUGGUUCUUCGAAAGGUCGUUCGUAUACUGCCAGAAGCAGAGAGAUCAUGGAUCAACGUCUGAAAGCUUUAUACUUCACGGAUCCAUGCAGGUACGAACCAAAUAUAUUUCGUAGGCGAUACAGAAUGCAACCUUGGGUAUUUGACAGGAUGAUGCACGACGUGGCCAACUACGAUCCAUAUUUUGUUCAAGGAAGAGAUGCGACUGGGAGAGUCGGCCUAUCCACUGAACAAAAGCUUACAUGCACCAUGAGACAACUCGCAUAUGGGGUCAUAGCCGACUUCUUUGAUGAUUACAUGGAUAUUGCAGAAUCCACUGCCAUCGAGAUUUUGGAACACUUCACCAGAGCAAUAUGGAAUGUGUACCAUGAGCAUUAUCUCCGCCGACCAACACCGGCUGAUCUGCGACGACUUCUCGACAAGGCAGCAGAAAGAGGAUUUCCUAGAAUGAUCGGGAGCCUCGAUUGUAUGCACCGGCAGUGA